CCCACAGCCAGGUGCCAGAACUUCCAGUCUAAAGAUCCCUUCCUUCUCCCAGUCAGUGUUCCCUGGAGGCCACGGCAUCAAGGGCUGAGCUGGGAGACAGGCUGGAAGCCUGUGCAAGUCCUGGCAGGUGUCAAGGCAGUCCUGAAGGGGACCUGCGACCCUGUUCUAGGUGCCGCAGGAGCCUGGAGAGGCACCCUCAGGCCAAGCUUCUCCAGUCACUGUCCUGACUCCCCACAUCCUGGGUUUCACCCAGGGCCAGGCACACCCAGGCAUCGGGAGCCAGCCUCUGAGACCUGCUGGAUGGCUUCUGAUGAGAGCCCACUGCUGUAGCUGAGUGCUGUGCCUCUGCUACCUGUUCACCAUGGUAAAGACGCCUCUGCUUAGAAAAGAUGCCAGCUGUGAGUGGAAUUUUUUCAGUGUGUCUAAGAACUCCUCACAAAGCAGCAGCAGCAGUAGCAGCAGCAGCCACAGAAGCGUCUCCCCCCGGAAGGACCCUCAAGGGGAAGUCGAUGGACUACUGUUUAUGCAAAUCUUUAUCCACCUGCUGAAAAGCAACAUUGGCACAGGGUUCCUGGGGCUUCCCCUGGCUGUGAAAAAUGCCGGAUUGUUGGUGGGGCCUGUCAGCCUCUUGGCCAUCGGGGUCCUCACAGUGCACUGCAUGGAUAUCCUGCUGAACUGCGCCAGUCACCUCACUCAGAGGCUGCAGAGGAGUUUUGUGAACUAUGAAGAGACCACGAUGUACAGCCUGGAAACAUGUCCAAAUCCUUGGCUGAGGACGCACUCAGUGUGGGGCAGGUACAUUGUGAGCUUCCUGCUGAUCGUCACUCAGCUGGGCUUCUGCAGUGCGUAUUUCAUGUUUAUGGCAGACAAUCUGCAACAGAUUGUGGAAGAACCUCACUUCACUUCCAACAUCUGCCAGCCCAGGAAGAGCCUGGUGAUGACCCCCGUGCUGGAUGCUCGCUUCUACAUGCUCACCGUCCUGCCCUUCCUCAUCCUCUUGGUGCUUGUCCAGAAUCCGCAGGUGUUGUCUGUCUUCUCCACCUUGGCUACCAUCACCACCCUGGGCAGCCUGGCUCUGAUCUUCGAGUAUCUCAUUCAGGAGAUCCCGCGUCACAGCAGCUUGCCUCUGGUGGCAAGCUGGAAGACUUUCCUGUUGUUCUUCGGCACAGCCAUCUUCACCUUUGAAGGUGUGGGGAUGGUUCUUCCUCUCAAAAGCCAGAUGAAGAGUCCACAGCAGUUCCCUGCCGUGCUGUACCUGGGCAUGUCCUUUGUCAUCUCCCUCUACAUCUGCCUGGGGACUCUUGGCUAUAUGAAGUUUGGCUCAGACACUCAGCCUAGCAUCACCCUCAACUUGCCCAAUUGCUGGUUGUACCAGUCAGUCAAGCUGAUGUACUCAGUUGGCAUCUUCUUCACCUAUGCCCUCCAGUUCCACGUCCCAGCUGAGAUAAUCAUCCCCUACAUCAUCGAGAGAGUGUCUGAGAACUGGGCUCUGUUCGUAGACCUGACCGUUCGCACAGCCUUGGUCUGCCUGACCUGUUUCUCGGCCGUUCUCAUCCCUCGCCUGGACCUGGUCAUCUCCCUGGUGGGCUCUGUGAGCAGCAGCGCCCUGGCCCUCAUCAUCCCGCCCCUGCUAGAGAUCACCACCUUUUACUCUGAGAACAUGAGCUGUGUGACCAUUGCUAAAGACGUCAUGAUCAGCAUCCUGGGCCUCCUAGGGUGUGUAUUCGGGACAUACCAGGCGCUCUACGAGAUGACUCAGCAGGCCCACCUUUCCAUGGCUAACUCUACAAAGGGCUACAUGUAAUUGCCUAUUUUUAUUUGCAUAGUUCUUCCUUCCUCCCAUGCUCUGUUGAAUUCCCAUUAUAUACGUUUCAAAACCCAGCAUCUCUAUGCUAAUUAGUGGCUUCUUUAUCUGCCAAGAGGAACAUGGUACUGGUGUGUGAGUCGC